AGGAGAAAAUUUUUUUUUGCGCUAUUGCCAACUCAUACCAGACACACUACUCCUGUGUACAGAUCAGGCCUUAGACUUAGAGAAAAAUAUGUGUUAAUGUUAAUAUUUGUAGCUUUUCUUUUAAUGUGCUUUGGUGCAUUUUUUUACGUUCCGGAAUUGAAAGAUCGAACUUUUUUUGACGACGCUUACCGGAGGUUUGUUGGAGCUGGCGGUGAAAUCUUUCCUCUGAAAGCGCCACGAACCCCAAUUGUUAAAAUACCAGAAGUGGUUAGUAGCAUUUUUUUUCAAACACCUUCAGUUGCUGCAACUCAGAAGUCUACUCUCGAAGACUUUUUUUAAUUAAUAGAAAAAAUUCAAAAAGAAAAGGAAGAAUUCAUAGCGAAUUUUUUUAAAGAAGAAGAAGAAAAAAAGCAGAAGGARUUAGAAAAGUUAAUGAUUUUUUUGAAGGAUUCUCCAAACAGUGAUGACAAAGGAAUCACUGGAGGGGAGCCGGCAGAUCCAAUCACGAAAAAACGAAGAAACUUUGUGAAAAGGAUGAUGCAACACGCAUGGAACAGCUAUGUAACCUACGCAUGGGGUUUUUUUGAACUGAGGCCGAUAAGCAAAGGUGGUCACUCCGCAUCCAUUUUUGUUUUUUUUUCAAUGGGUGCUACAAUAGUUGAUGCCUUAUCUACUCUCUACUUAUUUUUUUUGAAGGAGGAAUUUGAAAGGGGGAAGAAAUGG